AGGAUCUCAGCUGGAGAGAGAGAGAGAGAGAGAGAGAGAGAGAGAGAAAGGCAUACAGAGAGAGGAGUGUGUGUUAUGAGCGUGGAUGCAUUUGCCUGCUCUUGCUUAGUGACUGACUGUGUGUGUGUAUUUGUGUGUGACAGAAGAGCUUGGAUACUACUCUGCAGGACUGGAUGCGUUUAGGGUUACAAAGGGAGACUUAACACAGAAAAAUUAAGAGUUGGGAGGACGUAAGCUGCUGACUGAACUGCGAGCAGACAGCAGGGCCAAGUGCGGAGGAGCAAGUAGACAAGGCAAAGCACACAAGACGUGACUGACAGCGCCAAUGGCGAGCAAUAACACAGCCAGCAUCGCUCAGGCCAGGAAGCUGGUGGAACAGCUAAAAAUGGAGGCCAACAUCGACAGGAUAAAGGUAUCCAAAGCAGCGGCAGACUUAAUGUCGUACUGCGAAGCCCACGCCAAAGAGGACCCUCUGUUAUCGCCCGUGCCAGCGUCAGAGAACCCUUUCAGGGAGAAGAAGUUCUUCUGUGCCAUCCUGUAAACACAACAACAUGGCCCUUCAGCAGUCUGCUCAGUGUGGGACUUUGAACGCGGAUGUUCAAAAAUACGUAGAAAACUUCUAGUUGGAGGGCAUGUCGAUUAUUGCCCUCCUUUUUUCGAACGGCACCUGAAACCCGCAGAGUUUACAUGUAACCAUUUAAAGGGGUUUUGAUUGCUUUUUUGACGGGUGUUGCAGCAUGUUGAAGGGGGUCUGUGCUUUUAGAUGACACAAAAGGGAUGAUGAUGGUGAUGAGGAGGAGUAUGACAACUUAUGGACAGCCUACCAAGUCUUCAGGUUGUGAUGUGUACAAAGGUGAAAAAAAAAAAAAAAAAAAAAAAAAAAAAAAGCUAAAAUGAGAAUAAAAAUAUUUUGUGGUUCUUCUGGGACUUCCACAUGUUAUGUUGAUAAAUGGCUUGUGGGUGUGUCGAGCAUUGUGGGACAGCAAACGAAAAUAUACCUACCGCUAGACGCCACCUGAUUAUUGGAAAGUUUUUAUGAGUUGUUUAUUUUAUGUUUAUUUCAACUUUACCUUUCAUCUAAAUAACUUUCUAUAACUGUACGUGAUAACUGAACGAGCUCUGUUUUCUUCUUUUUUUCUUACACAAGCAGGUUGGUGAUCGCUUUUUUUAAUGGGAUGUUUGAAACAGUCUACUCUGUGAUUCUCUUUACAAUUACAUGUGUGAAAAUAAGUCUCUUGUGUAUCAACAUCUAUCUGGCAAAUGUGAUGCAGUUUGUCCCCUUCAGAUACAAACCCUCUUUCUACUAUUUGUAUAAAAUGAAUAGCAAGUAAACUGUGCUGUGCUGUGAGUUCUGAA